UCACAACUUGGGCAGCAGCAAAGAAGCUACACAACUGCUGCGGCUGGCGCUCUUCCUUCGUCUUGUUGCUUGUUCUCGUGUGCGGUCAUUUCGCCUCUUGUUUCGCCUCCACUCCACUCGCGCCUGUUGUGCCCCUUGUUCUCACUUCUUCCGACGCAGUCAUCGUUGCCCUUGUCUGUCGUGCGCCGGUUUGGUUUGUUGUUUUGUUGUCUUUCUUCGCCACCCACUUUGCAUCUUUCCUUCCCACCAACCAGCCAAAGCAAGCAUUUCCAAUUGGGAGUUGAUGACUCCACCCAAAGUGGUGACUCCGUGUUUGUGACGCCCACGACGGCUGCACCGCACUUGAGAGCUCUUGUGCAAGCCACGCCACCGUGUUGAGGUUUUGGGCCGGUGUGCGGCGCUUUUGCGCUGCAACAUCAAGUGCUACAACAAGCGCAACGUCGUCAGCAGCAACAACAACAGCAACAGCAAAUGCGGCUGCUGCUGCCCGGAUUUCGCCCACACGCUCCAUUCAAAAUGCAGCCACGAUCCCACCGCCAUCAAUAGCGAUUGGCUACAGCACGUGUGCGUGUCGCGUCCGCACCCAUGCUCGUAGGUUCUCAACGCUUGGCCUUCACAGCAGCACAGCGUCGAGUCGCAACGUGGCAAGGCAAGCCGCAGGCACAUGGCUGGCCACACAUCUGCUGCCACGCCAUCGGCGCCUGCGCAGCGCCCCACUGCAGACGAUGCGGCUCCUGGCCACCUACCGCGUGUACCUGAAGACGGCAGACGAGCGCGGUGCAGGCAUCGACUCCAACGCGCUGUUUGUGCUGCGGGGUGCACAGCACGUGGAAGAGGUGAUGCUGCGACCGGCUGCCGGCAGGUUUGAGCGCGGUGAGGUGGACGUCUUCGAUCUGACCUUUGAAAGGUCUGUUGGCGCCAUCAAGUCCAUCACAGUUGCGCCCAACACGCCGCCAAAGUACAACGGAUGGCUGCUGGAGAGCGUGCGCGUGGAGCAGAUUGACGGCGAUGACGUGAUACACACGGUCGAGUUUGUCUGCAACCAGUGGCUCGGAUCCACGUUUGAUGGGCUGUCGAGUCCAAAAGGCGUAACGCUCCGCGCCUCAAGCAGUGACCCGCGCCUCAGGACGGGCCUCCACCUCCACUCCAGCACAAACAUGCAAUCACCAUCUCCAGGAGCAGCUGGAGCAGUGGUCUCGUCAUCAUCAUCGUCUUCAUCGUCUUCAUCGUCGUCAUCACCAUCAUCGUCAUCGUCGUCGUCAUCAUCAUCAUUGUCGUUGGCGCCGUCGCCCGGGUCAACUGGUAUGACCAGCCUGACAGGCACCAGCAACGAUCACAGCACAACGUCGCUUGCAGCCACGCCAACCGCCACCAUGAACAGCAGCAACAGCAGCUGCACAGCCGUGCAAUCACCCAACACUAGUGCCAGCGUGGACACAAACGCCUUGAGCACCGCCACCGCCACCAACAGCAACAACAGCACCGCCAGCACCAGCACCAGCAGCGACACGGACAUGGUCGUCGGUGCGACGUGCAAGUACGAGCCACCACGCAUCCCCGUCACAAUCAAGCACUCCGCAGCAGCCAUCCCGCACAAGGACAAGGUGCGGCAGGGCAAGAAGGCCGCGUGCACGCGCUGGGACGGCAUCGCAGGCGAGGACGCGUAUGCGGUGCGAGAGGAGGGCGGGUUUACGCUCAUUGCUGUUGCAGAUGGCGUGCACGCAUGGGCGGAGCGCGGGAUUGACAGCGGGGCCAUGGCAAAGGCAAUUGUGCGCGCGUGCUCGCACUUCUUCAUGGAGGAGGUGGCCGAGUACAACCGAGAUGUGGUGGAGGACUCGCACGCGUCUGCCGCCCCACACACUGCCGAUGCAAACGCCGAUGCCGCCGCCGCCACCACCGCGCUCAACAGCAGCAACAGCAGCAGCAGUCAUGGCCACGAGCAUGAGGAGGAGGAAGAGGAGCAACACGCGUGCGCGGGCUCAGCAUACGCGACCACCACCACGACGACGACAACAUCGCCGCUGCCGCUGCCGGACAACGGAGAGCGGCGGGCGCCGGAUCCUGAGACGAUUCUCGGCAAGGCGUGGACAGCUGUGCGUGCAGGCAACAUCCAAGGCAGCAGCACCAUCACGCUGAUGGUGAUUGACCACAGCAGCGGUCGCCUCAAGGCAGCCACGCUUGGCGACAGCACCUUUGUUGUUGUCCGCCCUCCCUCUUCAUCAACAACGACCACAGCGAACGAUGCACCGUCAUCGCCAUCAUCAUCACUGUCAUCCUCUUCCUCCAGCAGCAACAACAACAACAACAACAACAACAACAACAACAACAACAACAACAACAACAACAACAACAAUAGCAAUGGGGCAUCCUUCCCCACGGCGUCGCUGUAUGGGAGCAGCGUGAUGACACACAGCCCGCUCAUUGCCUUCAAGGGCAAGAUUGUCGAGCACUUCUUUGGCAAGCCGUACCAGCUCGGGCACCACGCUGCCUCCGACGCACCGGCGGACGCUGUUGUGCAAGAAACGACACUCCGCGCGGGCGACGUGGUGGUGGUUGGUACAGAUGGCCUCUUUGACAACCUGCACGACUCUGAGAUUGCGGAGACGGUGCUGUCUCAGGGCCCCAAGUCCAUGUGGCUGAGCGCACGUGCGCUGGUUGCUGAGGCGUUUAACGCCGCAAUGGACAAACUGCGGCAGUCGCCGUGGUCGGAGGUGGCCAACGAGGAGCUGGGCAUGUUCUACUCCGGCGGCAAGCCAGACGACAUCACCGUCGUCACCGCAGCCAUCAAGUGAUGCCUUUGCUGUUGCUGUGCUCUUGUGUGUGUGUGUGUGUGUGUGUGUGUGUGUGUGUGUGUGUGUGUGUGUGUGUGUGUGUGUGUGUGUGUGUGU